GAACGGAACGCAAAACCCGGCGGUUGAUCAUGAGCAUAGUGCGUGAAAAUCUAAAAUAGAUUUACUUAUUUAUUUUAUAUAUCGUGACCGGUGACGUAAUCACGAACUAUACACAAACCCCCUAAGUUAAACAUUACAGUAUUUUUAUUUAAGUGAAAAACUGUGUAGUGCCGAAAAAACACUGUAAUGUUUAAAUUCUUGUCAAAUUCUUUGAUUACUCAGGCCAGCUGUCAAGAGGUGGGGGGCUGGUUAUUUGAAACGAGCCGACACAGACAGACUUUAUGAAAUUUUCUCGAAGUAUGCAACGGUAGAGAAAAAUGGCGAAAAACAUAUCACUAGUGAAGAUUUCGUCCGAAAGUUCCUUGGGUUAUUCGAUGAAGAUGACUACAACAAGGAAUCGGUCAAGCUCAUCGCUGGCAUCGUCGACAUGGACAAGGAUGGGUACAUAUCAUUCUCGGAGUUCCAGGCCUUCGAGGGCUUGCUGUGCGUUCCGGACGCUCUCUACAAAACAGCAUUCCAACUCUUCGACACUAACGGAAAUGGACUUGUUGCGUUUGAUGAGUUCGCGGAAGUCAUGCGUAAGACGGCGCUGCACAAAAAAUUGCCAUUCAACAUGGAAAGUACCUUCGUCCGAUUGUACUUUGGAAAGGACAAGAAACGUUUAGUAACCUACCCCGAGUUCAGUCAAUUUCUCCACGACUUCCACGAGGAGUAUGGAGUGGAGGCUUUCAAGAAGUGCGACAAGGACGGCACCGGCUUCAUCACCGCCGGCGACUUCAGGGACAUCAUGCUGAGUGUCAAGAACCACUUGCUGACCAAGGAAUUGAAGAACAAAGUUAUCAUGGCCUCAGGCUUCCCCCAGGGCGAACGAAAAAUCAGUUUUCCCUAUUACAUGGCGUUCAAUUCUCUUCUCAACAACAUGGAGCUCAUCAAACGCGUGUACCUCAACGCUACGAACGGACACAGGACUUACGAAGUCACCAAGGAGGAGUUCCUGCACUCCGCGCAAAUGAUGAGUCAAAUCACACCCCUGGAAGUUGACAUACUCUUCACGCUCUGCGAUAUGAUGCAUCAAACUAACGGAAGGAUCAUUUACAACGACCUCAACGCUAUAACUCCGGAACAGUACUUCAAGCAAGUGACGCGUAGAGUUGCCGAAAUCAAAGCGGUGUCGAGUCCCGAAGAAAGAGGCGUGCUGAUACAAAUCCUCGAGAGCACUUACAGAUUCACACUCGGUUCUAUUGCUGGUGCCGUCGGAGCAUCCGCGGUGUACCCGAUAGAUUUGGUGAAGACGCGGAUGCAGAACCAGCGCACCGGGUCGUUCAUCGGCGAGGUGGCGUACCGGAACUCGUGGGACUGCUUCAAGAAGGUGAUCCGCCACGAGGGCGUGUUCGGCCUCUACCGCGGCCUCGUGCCGCAGCUCAUCGGGGUGGCGCCCGAGAAGGCCAUCAAACUCACGAUGAAUGACUUAGUUCGAGACAAGCUAAUGGACAAGAAGGGAAACAUCACGCUCGGUGGUGAAAUACUCGCCGGUGCUUGUGCUGGAGCGUCUCAAGUAGUCUUCACAAAUCCUUUAGAAAUUGUUAAAAUUCGUCUGCAAGUGGCGGGCGAGAUCGCCGGCGGUGGGAAAGUUCGAGCUUUGUCCGUUGUCAAAGACCUCGGACUCUUCGGACUGUACAAGGGGGCGAAGGCCUGUCUGCUUCGUGACGUCCCCUUCAGUGCAAUUUACUUCCCAGCUUAUGCCCAUGUCAAGGCGAAGUUCGCGGACGAGAACGGCUACAACCACCCGCUGACGCUGCUGGCGGCCGGAGCCAUCGCCGGCGUGCCCGCCGCCUCGCUCGUCACGCCCGCCGACGUCAUCAAGACGCGCCUGCAGGUGGUGGCACGAUCAGGACAAACGACAUACAACGGUUUAAUAGAUGCUACUAGAAAGAUCUACGCCGAGGAAGGCGCCAGAGCCUUCUGGAAGGGUGCCGUAGCCCGUGUGUUCCGUUCGUCUCCUCAGUUCGCCGUGACGUUGGUGACGUAUGAAAUUUUACAGCGUCUAUUCUAUGUUGACUUCGGUGGAUCCCGUCCGACGGGGUCAGAGCUGACGAUAUCGACUCCCAUCGAGGAGACGGCCCGCAAGCCGCACCACAUCGGAGGCUACCAGGUCGCGAUGCCGGUGCUGACCGGCUUGGAGACCAAGUUCGGUAUCUCGCUACCGAGGUUCUCAUUCGUGAAGCCGCAAAACUGAAUCGAAUAAUCGACUUACGGAUUUUGGCCCUAAUCGACAUAUGAAUGGGUUCCAACGUUUGUAACGGAUCCGAUGAAAACUUAGUUUAAUGACUUUAAUCAAUAUUUAUGAAGCAAUUAUUAUAGAGUAUAAAAUACUGCCCAAGCGAGUGUGUUGCUUUUAAUAUUAAUUUAUUCAAUAAACUUAGGAAAAAAUGUAUAGUCAAAUAUGAGUGAUUUGAAAUUUAAAUACGAUAAGAGAAAUAUAUUUCGCACUGCAAUAGUAAUAAAUAAGGUAAAAAUGUCCAAGACAGUGUUUCUCAACCUUAAUUAUUGUUAUUUCGCGGUUUUAAAUUAGUCGGUAGGUGAGUUAAAA